GAGAAAAGCUAAACUGCAGCUUACCGUAGUGGAUCAAGCAGAAGCUCCACCUCCAGCAGCCUCAGCGUGACGUGCUCGUCACUGCUGGGCCGCCCAGCGUCUUCAUCCUGACAGCCAAUCCGCGGCCACACAGGAAGAGAGCUCUUGUUUGAAAAUAUUGGCGCUUGUUGUGCUAGCUGUCUCCAGCAACGCGUUGCUAACGACUUAUAUUUUAAUGUGACAGCGACUUACUGUAAUCAAAAGAACUGCUGUGACAUGACAGAUAGCCGUUGUUUAUAACAGCAACAUUCCAUUCACAACAGAAGGACCAAAAUGGCAAAUGAUGUGUGUAGUCAUGUAAAAGUCGUCGUUCGGGUUCGGCCAAUCAACGACAGCGAGAAGCGUGAAAACUGUCGCAAUGUCGUCCAAGUUGUCGACAACCACAUGCUUAUUUUUGACCCCAAGGAGGAGGACAUGUCAUGUUUUGGGUCACAAAGAAUGAGGAACCGAAACAUCAACAAGAGGGCGAACAAGGACCUGAAAUUUGUUUUUGACCACGUCUUUGAUGAGAACUCUACUCAACUGGACAUUUUUGAGAACACCACUAAAGGAAUAGUGGAUGGUUUAAUGAAUGGAUUCAACUGUACAGUAUUUGCUUAUGGUGCUACUGGAGCUGGAAAGACCCAUACCAUGCUGGGUUCACAAAAUGACCCUGGAGUCAUGUACCGCACAAUGAAAGAGCUGUUCAAACGGAUGGAUGACGCUAAGGAGGAGAAAGAGUUUACACUUGCAUUUUCAUAUCUUGAGGUUUACAAUGAGCAGAUCAGAGACUUGUUGGCUAAUGUUGGGCCUCUUGCUGUCAGAGAGGACAGCUCCAAAGGAGUAGUUGUUCAGGGCCUCACACUUCAUAAGCCCAAGUCUGCAGAGCACAUUCUGGAGGCUUUGGAUUCUGGCAAUCGAAACAGGACACAACACCCAACUGAUAUGAAUGCCACUUCUUCUCGCUCUCAUGCUGUAUUUCAGAUAUAUUUGAGGCAGCAGGACAAAACAGCCAGUCUAAACCCGAAUGUCUGCAUAGCCAAAAUGAGCCUGAUUGACCUGGCUGGCUCAGAGAGGGCCAGCGCCACCAAUACCAAGGGAGCGCGCCUACGAGAAGGUGCUAAUAUUAACCGCUCCCUUCUGGCCCUGGGAAAUGUUAUCAACGCUCUUGCAGACCCAAAGAGUAAGAAGGCUCAUAUACCAUAUCGAGACAGCAAGCUGACGAGGCUACUUAAAGACUCCUUGGGGGGCAACUGCAGAACUGUUAUGAUUGCCAAUGUUAGCCCAUCAUCCAAGUCCUACGAUGACACCCAGAACACACUUAAAUAUGCCAACAGGGCCAAGGAGAUAAAGUCCUCGCUCAAGAGUAAUGUUGUGAGUCUCGACAGUCACAUCGGUCAAUAUGCUGUGAUCUGUGAGAAGCAGCGGCAAGAGAUUCUCCAGUUGAAGCAGAAACUAAAAGAAUAUGAGGAGAAAAACGCAGUGCCUGGGGCUUCCAACAUGAUCUCUUUCCAGAAACAAGCGGAGUUCAAAAGAGUGUCAGAAGCACUGCGGAGCAUCUUCUCCAGCCGUGCUCAAAUCAGGCGAGAGCAGCUGGAUCUAGAGCGGCAACUGAAAGCGAAUGAGCUGCGGCAGCGCUACAGUGAGGAAGAUAACCUGCAGGUCCAACAAUUCUGUGCCAAAGAAAAGAUGGAGAAGGCCACUUGUAAGCAUGAGCGCAAGAUUGCCAGCUUGCGCACUCAGCACCAGCACAUAUCAAAACGUCUGAAGGAGACAGAGACACGUUUUCUAGAAAAUGAUGGUUUGCUUCACCGAGUUGAAAGUGAGAUUAAGUUGCUGAAGUCAAAUGAUCAGACCUCAGAGGUGUUAGAGAAGGACUUGUAUUACCACAGACUAGAGCUGCAGGUGAAUGAUCUCAAGCAGCACAUAAAGCAGAUGGUUGAACUCACUUCGGUGCAGGAUCAGGAGAAUAAGCGCAUGCAGAAAAUGUUAAACAUCCUGCUGCCUGCUUACAGUAGGCAGUAUACUGCAUUACAUGGUGUUGGCUUGGUCAGUCUAGCAGAUGAGAUGGAAAACCAAGAACUGGAGCACGUUGUGUUGAGGGAGAGAGGUGUGGUCUGGGCAGACCAGGAAGGGACGAGGCAGCAGGUGAAAACUGAAGAGAUUGGUGACGAGAUUGGGGCAAGAAAAGUUAGGCUCCACAGUGAGCUAGCUCCUGUCCUGUCCUUCUCACAACUGCAAUACCACCAGAGUAGCCCUUGCAGUGCCGAGAGACUCAGUAAAAGAGCGUUAUACUGCAGUGCAGCUCCGACUCUUAAAGACAGAGGAGAUCCGCCGGAUAAGACCGGAGACAAGCCUCCAAAAGUGUCCAUCAGGAGGAAUCUCUCCACAUUUCUCCCACCACAAAGUCCACUAAGCGUUGUCAAGUCCCAAGCAUUUGAGGACGGCAUGCUCCCUCUCCAAUGCACACCAGAACCUGCUCAGCUGCCACUUGGCUGCUCCAGCUCCAUAGAUCCAAACAAGACAUUUGAAAUCAUUGAAAAUGAUGAUCAGACUGCAAGCAAUGCAACCAUCAUCCUAAGCUACGGUAGCCCGUGUCAAGCAUCGACGUCAGCGGACGUCUCAGGCUGCAGCCAGCUAAGGCUUCCACACAGAGCAGCGGAGGGCAACCAGAUUUCUGACAAAAGACAAAAUAUCGGUCCUUUGCAAGAGACAAAACGAACGAACCCGACCUACAUGGACAUGACAUCAGCUGCACAAGGAAAGCGUAAAUUUAACCGCAGCUUCAAAGAAGAGUUUCAGGGUUUCUCUGCACCGAAGCGGAUAAAGAAAGAAGCCUCCGUUGCACAGAGGCCUCUCAGAGUGCAACGACACACUGGUUCAGAGAACAAGCCCCGCAGAGUAGUGAGGAGUGUUUCUGAGGGAAAUCUCAGUCUGCUUGAACAUCAGAAACCCAAAUCACUUUUCUAUAAAACGUCCCAACAGAUCAAACGGGUGGCCAAGCGGAUGUGAACCUUCACCUUGUUUUUAUUAGGACAGCUUUUCACUCUUCAAGCUUUUCCGUCCGUUGUUAAUGCAUAUGUUCAGGGACGAAGUUGGCGUUCUGUUGUGUAGAUUUGCUCCAGCAGGAUUCUUUAUGUGGUAGAAAACCUUACUUGAUUGUAAAUAAACACUGUAGAUAUUUUUGUGUAGAUCACUGUUCCGACUUUUGGCUUUUUGGAAGUUUUUUAGAUCACACACGCACACAAACAAAGCAAAAAAGUGCGUCAGGGCAGAUAUUUUACAAACAUUAUGUAUUUUAAGCGUGUCUUUAGAAUAACUUCAUUUUAGGAUUGUUUCACAGGGCAGCUGAUGCAGCCAAAACUGCUCUAUUCGGAGCAGUUUGUAUAGUUGUCUUUUAUGUUGUACCAAUAAUAAAUUGUGUUAUUUUAUGUUUCUUAAUAAAACUGGUAUAGAUAAACCUGUAUUUGAUAAAUCCAUUCUAAAAUA